GUCUGGAGUCCCCAGUCCUGAGGCCGGGAGGGGUGGUGCGACCCUCUGUCUCCGCCCCGGGGGCGGAGCCGAGGUCGGAGCCUGCGGAGCCUGAGACCAGGCGAAAUCGGCUCGAGGCUCCCUGCCCGGCUCCAGCCUCCCCUCGGGGAGACCCGACCCCCCCUUCCCCUGUCCACCACCUGCAAGACCCAGCUUCCCGGGUCCCCGGCUCGGCCCACGGGCCCCGGAGCAGGUGCAGGUGCGGCUUCCCCAUCUCUCUCCCACCCGGGCGCAUCCCGCUGGGCGGCCAUGGCGCGAGGAGACGCCCCGCAGGACAGCUACCACCUGGUCGGGAUCAGCUUCUUCAUCCUGGGGCUGGGCACCCUCCUUCCCUGGAACUUCUUCAUCACAGCCAUCCCGUACUUCCAGGGGCGUCUGGCAGGGGCCAACGGCACCACCGAGACCCUGGGCACCAACCACACGAGUCCUGCAGAUACCUUCAACUUCAACAACUGGGUGACACUGCUGUCCCAGCUGCCUCUGCUGUUCUUCACACUCCUCAACUCCUUCCUGUACCAGUGCAUCCCUGAGACGGUGCGGAUUCUGGGCAGCCUGCUGGCCAUCCUGCUGCUCUUCACCCUGACGGCGGUGUUGGUCAAGGUGGACAUGAGCCCCGGGCCCUUCUUCACCAUCACCAUGGCCUCUGUCUGGUUCAUCAACUCCUUCUGUGCAGUUCUGCAGGGCAGCCUCUUUGGGCAACUGGGCACCAUGCCUUCCACGUACAGCACCCUCUUCCUCAGCGGCCAGGGCCUGGCUGGGAUCUUCGCUGCUCUUGCCAUGCUCAUGUCCAUGGCCAGUGGCGUGGAUGCCCAGACCUCCGCCCUGGGGUACUUCAUCACGCCCUGCGUGGGCAUCCUCAUGUCCAUCGUGUGUUACCUGAGCCUGCCCCACCUGAAGUUUGCCCGCUACUACCUGGCCAAGAAACCAUCAAAGGCGCAAGGUCAAGAGCUGGAGACCAAAGCUGAGCUCCUCAAGUCUGAUGAGAAGAACGGGAUUCCCAACAGCCCCCAAAAGGCAGCCCUGACUCUGGAUCUUGACCCUGAGAAGGAGACAGAGAUGGAGCCAGAGGAACCCCAGAAGCCAGGAAAACCUUCAGUUUUCAUUGUCCUCCAGAAGAUCUGGCUGACGGCGCUGUGCCUCGUGUUGGUCUUCACAGUCACCCUGUCUGUCUUCCCAGCCAUCACGGCCAUGGUGACCAGCUCCACCAGCCCUGGGAAGUGGAGUCAGUUCUUCAACCCCAUCUGCUGCUUCCUUCUCUUCAACGUCAUGGACUGUCUGGGACGGAGCCUGACCUCUUACUUCCUGUGGCCAGACGAAGACAGCCGGCUGCUGCCCCUGCUGGUCUGCCUGCGCGUCCUGUUUGUGCCACUCUUCAUGCUGUGCCACGUGCCCGAGAGGUCCCGGCUGCCCAUCCUCUUCCCACAGGACGCCUACUUCAUCACUUUCAUGCUGCUUUUUGCUGUUUCAAAUGGUUACCUGGUGUCCCUCACCAUGUGCCUGGCGCCCAGGCAGGUGCUGCCACACGAGAGGGAGGUGGCCGGCACCCUCAUGACCUUCUUCCUGGCUCUGGGGCUGUCCUGUGGAGCCUCCCUCUCUUUCCUCUUCAAGGCGCUGCUCUGAAGUGCUCCGUCCAGGGCUCUCCCAGCAUCUUCUCUUCGGAGCUGAGACCCAGCACAGGGGGAAUGGUGGGCCGGGCUCAAGCCUCUGCUGAGCUGGGGCCCCGCGGUCUGGGGGUGCCAGGAAGAGGCAGGUGCUGUUCUCCUUCCUGGGCUGGUGACCACCUGGAGUGCUGCAAGGAAGAAUUCACCACCUGCCAUUCUAACCCUCCCCAGGAGUGGAGCUGACGCACAGAGACAGACUAUCUAGAUGCACACAGACCUCACUGAAAGGGUGAUGAUCAUGAAAAAGAGGGCUGAGGACAAUGGCCCUUCCUCACCAUCAGGAGUGCAUUUGUUAAUCAUGAGAAACUCACUGGCCAAGUGCCGGGGCUCAGAGGCCACAGGUGGGACCUUGCCAGCUGUGUGGCUGGUGUGGCCGCAGCUUCAGAUUCAGAGUGGGAGCGGGGGCCAGCCCUGGGCAGGAGCUCCUCUUCUCUCCCGGCCUCAGCGACCCCAUGGUCAAGUCUCCUGGACUCCAGAACAGAGGAUUCCAGGGAAGUGGAAGGGACAGGGAGAAGGAGUUCAGGAUCUGAGGGUGCUCGAAGGACCCUCUGGGCCUCAAACAGUGUUUUCGUCGCCAGCAUUUACUGUGUCCACUCCCCAGAGCCCACCUGGGCCUGGGUCCCAGAACUGCAGUUAGCCUGCAUGUGUGCACUGCACUUUACAGUUUGCAAAGCUCUUCUGCACCUGCUCUCUCACUGAAGCCACACUGAGGCCCUUGGAGGGAGGCCAGCAGGGAUUGUGCUCCCCUCUGUACAGGUGAGGAAACCGAGUCCCAGGGGGAAGUGACCAGUUCUUGGCAGAGCCAGGACCCAGCCCCCACCUCCCUGUAGGUGCUGUUCUUCCUGCCCACUGCCUGCUUCCCUUUUCCUUGAGGGGCUCAAGGCGAGAGCCCUAAGCACUUACUCCACCUUUUUGCUUGAUUUUUCCCUCUGACCCUGCUCCUGGGUCUAAUAAUAACCUUCUCCAUUUGUA